UGUGCCUGUGUGUCUGUGUACAGUCUACCACAGCUCAUCCCAUCGCCGACCGAUCUACCUGUAAUCCCCCACCAAUUUGCUGAAGAACGAGCAACGAGCAGGUGGUGGAGCAACCACGAGAUUUCGGUGACGAGCACCGCCGAGUUCAGUCGAGUGCCGGCCUCUCACCGUGUCGCAUCGUUUCGGCUCAACUCGCUCGGAUAUCCGAUCUCUCUCGCGUUCCUCGACAUCGUCGCCGAACGUCUGUCCUGUCAGCCUUCUUCGCCGGCUGCACGCUGGAAACGGAAACGGAAGCUUGCCAGCAGUGCUACCGCCUCCAGUGAACUGUCCUGUUGCCUGGUGGCUGCGAUGUGAGACUCUGUUUCGCUGUGGAAGGCGCUGGAGAAGCUGUUUCCUGUUUCCUGAAACUGGCACACCGAUCGUGGACCAUUAUGAGAUCGAGGGACACGUGAGGGCCCGUGACAUGAUAGACGAACUUCGAAAAUGAUGAGGAGGAAGAAGAAGCAAGGAGCCACCGAGGGCGAAGGAGCAUCGAUUCUGCUACUCGUCGCAUUGGCUCCUGUUAUCUGCUCCGCUGGAAUCCUGGACCCUUGGCAGUGGGCACGUAGUGAUCGAAUCGAGGUCAACAUUCCUUGGUUGCCAUUCGAGAACGAGACACGGUGCUACGACGAGCUAGGCUGUUUGAACAUAACCAGGAGUUGGUAUCACCUCAUCCAUAGACCGCUCAACGUCUUCCCUCUGCCACGCGAAGUCAUCAAUACGAGAUUUAUUCUGUACACGAACGAUAAUCCCACGGAGGGUCAAGUGUUGAUAGUCGCUAAAGACAAAUCGAUCAAACGAUCGUACUUCAGUCCAAAGAGGAAAACAAAAUUCAUCAUACAUGGGUUCAUAGAUACCCCCCUCAGCAACUGGGUGAAGGAAAUGAGAAACGAGUUGCUGAGGCACGACAAUUACAAUGUCAUCAUAGUCGACUGGGCUGGAGGAAGUUUGCCACUUUACACUCAAGCAACUGCCAACACGAGGCUGGUGGGCCUCGAGAUAGCCCACCUCAUUAAGCACUUGCAGACAAAUUACGGACUGGACCCAAACGAUGUGCACUUGAUCGGGCACAGCUUGGGCGCUCACACUGCGGGAUACGCGGGAGAGAAGAUGGCAGGGAACAUCGGCCGGAUAACAGGGCUGGAUCCUGCCGAACCUUACUUUCAAGGGAUGCCUAGCCACCUAAGACUGGACUACACCGACGCCAAGUUGGUCGACGUCAUUCACACCGACGGCAAGAGCAUCUUCUUCCUAGGGCUUCCAGGAUACGGAAUGAGUCAGCCGUGCGGCCACCUGGACUUUUACCCAAACAACGGCAAGGAGCAGCCAGGUUGCACGGACCUGAGCGAAACAACACCGUCUUUACCAUUGACACUGAUCAGGGAGGGCCUGGAGGAGGCGUCGCGAGUGCUGGUGGCCUGCAAUCACGUGCGUGCCAUAAAACUGUUCAUCGAAAGCAUCAACUCCAAGUGCCAAUACGUGGCUCACGAGUGCUCCAAUUACGCCAGCUUCCUCAGGGGCGAGUGUUUCUCGUGCAAGAGCAACAACAGCCUUAGCUGCGGUGUCAUGGGCUACCAUGCGGACAAGAGCCCGGCACUGGUUGGUAGACAGGCUAUGGGACAGGACGUUCUAUCCCUCCUCGGCUCGAAAUUCUUCUUCACCACUGGCAAGGAGGACCCUUACUGCAGAAGGCAUUACAGGAUCACCAUCAAUCUUGCUCGGCCAUCGAGCGCAGAAAGUUGGGUCCAAGGUUUCAUGAAAGUCACUCUUCACGCAGAGAACGGCAUUAUUCGAGACGUUGAUCUCACUCCUAGCGGUUACAUGAAAUUGGAACACGGGUCGACGGUUCGAAUGGUCGUCGCUCAUCCAGCCGGCGCGUCCGGUGAAAUUGGCAAGAUCAGGCGUGUCGAGCUUUCGUGGACCUACGACAUGGACGUGUUACAGCCGCGGUCCCUCUGCUUUUUCUGGUGUAACGACCGCCUCUACGUGAACAGCGUCACCGUGGACGUCAUGGAACUACCAGGGAGAGGAAAGAGAGAAGCAGACUUCACCAGCAAGCUCUGUUCAGCAAGCAGGCAAGAUUACGCGGAGAUUGCCAGUGGUUCCACAGCAUCGUUCAUCGACAACUGCUGACAAUUAAGUCUCCAAACUUAAUUUAACAAAUAUCUGAGUACAACAGUGAUAGUUUUGAGGUUUCGAGGUUCCUGUGAAAAGUAUGAAAAGUUAAAAUGAAUUCUAGUGCGAGUUUUGCAACAGUAGGGGCAGUUAGAGCCAGCAUGAAUAAUGGAAAUUAUGAGAAGAAUCUACAGAGGAUCAACUGAAAUCUGUAUUUUACAAAUGGCGCUUUUAAUUCGCAAGGUAUGUUGGAAAUUCUUAGAGAAAAAAAAAGAAAAAAAAAAAAGAAAAGAGAAAACAAAAGGCGAGAGUCGUUUGGACAAAAAUUUUAUUUUUAAAGGGAGAAGAAAAAAAGAAAAAAGAAACAAUUGCAACCAUACAGAUAUAUGUGAUAGCAAAUAAAAAAGAGCGGGUUGCACGAGCCACAGGUGAAAAAAAUCUGUAAACGACAAUACUUAUCCUUCGUAAGCGAGAGAACACGACAGUGGAAUUACAUAUUUUCACAAUAUAUCACAAGAAGAUAGUUCAAAAAAAACCUAGAGCGUCGUUACAAAG